AUGGUAGCUACUAAUAUUACUACUAUUUUUAUAAUAAAAAGGCAUCAGGACACAUGUAGAGCACUUUGCCGAUGCCUUGUAGAAGCGUGUCGAUGUCAUGAAGCUAAUCAGAACUAUUGCUCGCAUCUUAUUCCUCUGUGCGUCCAACGAUGUCAACACGGAAACGAAUACUUAUUUGAUUUGCUGCAAAGUUUGUUAAGUAACAACGAACGUAACAUUCGAUUGUUUUAUGAAUGUGGCGGCAAAAAUAUAUUUGCUAGAGAAUUCUUAAAAUAUGAGCAAUGCUUGCAACUCUUAAAUACAAUUGUAUUAAACACCGUCUUAAAAAAUAAACUCUUGGAAGAGACAAACAUUCUAUACAAUUUGGAACAUUUCAAACAAUUGUAUGGCCCUAUGUCUCAGCUAGGUCAAUGGGUCACAAUCAUUUUGUAUAACAUGAAUAUAGACGAUAAAGGAUUUAAGAAACAUGCAGACAAAAAUGAAACAGGCAUGUUUGACAAAUCUGAUAAUAAUGACGAUACAAUGGAGUUAUAUCAGAACGUUAUAAAACAAAAUUAUAGUUUUGAAGCUGAAAAAAUCUCUAAUACUCAUAAAAAAUCGAAAAUAUACAAACGUAACUUAAAUAAAAAUAUACAAACCGAAAAAUGCUUAAAUGAAACAAAAGUUGUAACCAUGUGUAAAACAAACAAUUCGAUUUUACGAAAUAUGGAGAAUUAUCCUCAUCGAAGUGACAACCUACCAACAUCAUGUUUACAACGUAAAAAUUCUAAUAAAAAUUCUAAGAAAUAUAGUUAUUGUGAAAAUCAAAAAGAUGUUAGUCACACAAAAAGUAUUUACAAUCAAAUUAAUUCCAAUUUAGAAGAAUCUCCCGCAAACAAAAAUUAUACGGAACUUUAUGCUGAAAAAAGGGUUACUAAUACUGAAGAAGUAAAAAAAGAAAGUAUAUCAGAAUUUAGCUUUAGACCACCGCUUGUAUCCACACCUAAAAAUAUGUAUAGAAACAAUGUAAGCAGGGCGCACAUUUCAAACAUGUCUAUAAGAAAGUCACCCAUAAACAAAAGUUAUAAAAAUCAACGAAUAAAAACUAGCCAUAUUGAGAGAAUAAAAACCGAUUGUAACAAAGUUAAUGUAAGUUGCCGACAACGCACAUUUGGUGCUAGCUUAUUCAACGCUAUAAAUGAAUCUUGUACAAGAAUAGUAACAAGUAUUAGAAAUUUAUUCAAAACAAAAAAGAUCGAAAAACCGCAUAAAGAAACUUUCGAUAACUCGAACAUUGAUGUUGCGGAUAUUGUACACUGUUCUUACAGUUUCACGGACUACAUGCUAAAAAGAGAAGCUCUACUUAAUGAGCAGAACAGUGAUUUGACUAGUUACAGAAAUAGUUUCCACAAGGAGUGCGCCAGUUGUAAUGAUACGCUCACCCUUAAAGAAAAACUCGCAAACGAUGACUUCUUAAAAGAAACCGUUAAAAAGCUUAAGAGAGGGCUUCAUGUGUACGGGUGUGACUUUAAGGUGAUAACAGAUUUUUAA